CUUUUCAGCGACUUUCUUUCGAUUCAUGUUCCAUUCUGUCUUUUCCUUCUGACUUUAUUAUUCUCCCUUCCCUAUCCAACAAGUGCAGAUUGUGUUCAACAACGAGGCUCAUCCCUGAAGGGCAAGUGCUAGCACGCCCUCGAAGCCUCCCCUCACCCUCACCCUCACCUACCUAUAGAAUGGCCACUCCUAAUGCUAGCCUGCGCCAAAGAGGUGGCAAGGAAAAGAACAAGGCCUUUGCCGAUGAGGAUCAUGAUGAACACAUUUUCUCGCAGGCUUAUGCGGAUGUCCAAAAAAGAGCGUCCAAGCAGUGGGACUAUAAGCUUGCGCUUGGUGUGAUCACCCUGCUUGCUUUCGCUACUCGCUUUUUCGGUAUCAGUCACCCCAAUGAGGUCGUCUUUGAUGAAGUCCACUUUGGAAAGUUUGCAUCCUACUACCUUCAAAGGACCUACUUCUUCGACGUCCAUCCUCCUUUCGCCAAACUUCUUUUCGCGUUCGUUGGCUGGCUUGUAGGAUACGAUGGCCACUUUCUCUUUGACAACAUCGGUGAAUCCUACAUCUCCAAUAAUGUGCCAUAUCUAGCUUUCCGAGCUCUUCCUGCGCUUCUUGGGGCGCUCACGGUGGUAGUGGUCUUUUUGAUCAUGUGGGAAUCCGGAUACUCUCUUCCAGCUUGUGUUCUUGCAGCAGGACUUGUACUCUUUGACAACUCACACGUUGGCCAGACUCGGCUGAUUCUUCUCGAUGCGACCCUGGUCUUUUUCAUGGCAUUGAGCAUCCUAGCCUACAUUCGAUUCUACAGACAGCGACAUGAACCCUUUGGUCGGAAAUGGUGGAAGUGGCUCUUGUUGACCGGCUUCUGCAUGAGCUGUGUCAUUUCCACUAAAUACGUCGGAACGUUCACGUUCGUCACCAUUGGAUGUGCUGUACUUAUUGACCUUUGGGAUCUCUUGGAUGUCAAUCGACGGGGUGGUGCACUCGAUUUGAUGACCUUCGGAAAGCACUUCGUCGCUCGUGCCGUGGGAUUGAUCAUCAUUCCUUUCUUCUUUUAUCUGUUCUGGUUCCAGGUCCAUUUCGCCGUACUCACACGGUCUGGCCCUGGAGAUGACUUCAUGUCACCCGAAUUCCAAGAAACCCUCAGUGACAAUCUGAUGCAUCAAGCUUCUGUCGACAUCCAGUAUGGCGAUUAUAUCACCCUGCGACACAAAGAUACAAAAGUGUACUUGCACAGCCAUCCUGAUAAAUACCCACUUCGGUACGAAGAUGGCCGUAUCUCUAGCCAGGGACAACAGGUUACCGGGUAUCCUUUCAAUGACACCAACAACCAGUGGCAGAUCCUCCCUGGCACUCCGAACUCUGACUCGACUCAGGAGGGACAACCUGUAUUGAAUGGGGACGUGGUUCAGCUACGACAUAUCGUGACCGAUACGAUGCUUCUUACACAUGACGUGGCAUCUCCAUUUUACCCUACGAACCAGGAAUUCACCACAGUGGCUCUAGACCUGGCAGCUGGUGACCGUCAUAAUGACACAUUGUUCGAGAUUCGGAUGGAACAAGGCAAGCAGGGACAGCCGUUCAGAUCUCACUCUGGCCAGUUCAAACUCAUUCACUUCCCGACCAAGGUGGCUAUGUGGACACACACAACUCCUCUUCCGGAAUGGGCCUUCAAGCAGGCCGAGAUUAAUGGCAACAAGAACGUUCAGCAAUCUAGCAACAUUUGGUAUGUUGAUGACAUUCCAAGUAUACCCGAAGACUCGCCUAGACUGGUUAAGGAGCCAAAGAAGGUCAAACGGUUGCCAUUCCUGACCAAGUACUUCGAGUUGCAACGCGCUAUGUUCUAUCACAACAACGCCUUGACGUCCAGUCACCCCUACGCUUCUCAGCCUUACCAAUGGCCUUUCCUUCUCCGAGGUGUCAGCUUCUGGACUCAAGAGAGCACCAAGCAGCAAAUUUACUUUCUCGGAAAUCCCAUUGGGUAUUGGAUUACUUCUGCCCUGCUUGCCGUUCUAGCCGGAAUCAUGGGAGCAGACCAGCUAAGCUUGAGACGUGGAGUUGACGCUCUCGACAAACGCACUCGUUCUCGCCUGUACAACAGUACCGGCUUCUUCUUCCUCUGCUGGGCUGCGCAUUAUUUCCCAUUCUAUCUCAUGGGUCGGCAACUGUUCCUUCACCACUAUUUGCCUGCACACUUGGCGUCUUGCUUGGUUACUGGUGCCCUGGUGGAAUUCAUCUUCAACGUCGACCCCAUCCUUGACGAUGAAACGUCAUCCGUCAUCGCCGCGAAGAAGGAUAAGGUCGUCAGCAAGGUGCCCGAAAAAACCAGAAGGUCCUUCCAAACUGCCCAGGAGCGUCUCAAAGGCCAGAGCAUGUUUGCAACUUGGGUUGCUACAGCAGUCGUACUAGCCGUGGUCAUUUACGGUUUCUACUUCUUUUUCCCUCUCACAUAUGGCUGGCCUGGUCUGAAUCCCCAGCAAGUUAAUGCGAGAAAAUGGCUGGGAUACGAUUUGCACUUUGCCAAGUGAGGAGUAGACGCCAGGCAUCGCUUGCAGUUGUAACGCAAGGCUCUGGACGCAACGUGUUCUUGAGUCAUGCGCAGUGCUCCAGUGAUCGGUGUGAGUAGACAGGGAGACAGCAUGGAGGCGACUUCCAAAACAAGUCAAAUGACACUGCGAAACAGAGCGCUGAUUUCUGCCCGGCAGAAAUCGAGAUGGCCAUUGGAUGGGACGGCGCUAUCAUUGUCUCCGGACGUAGUACAAUUCUGGUCGUGAGCCGGAAAGACAGGAGGUCUCGAGGUUCCCUGGCCAGACUUUUAGUAGGAGCCGGACCUUGGUACGGCUGUCGUGGACAAGUGCUUGAGAUACAUCGCCGGCCUCGACCUGCUGCGACUUGGUGCGUCGCAGAGGGGGGGAAAUUGAGAACUUUUGUACGUCACAUGGAUUCUAUGCCUGAUUUUAG